CCGCGCCUCGUCUUUCACCUGUCCGCGCGCUCAGGGCUGGUCGGUGGCGCGCGCUCAUCUGACAGACAAACAGACGCGCUCCGGCGAGAGCGUGCGCGUGUGUUUUUCCUCCUGUUCAAUGAGCUUGUUGGCGAACUAUCGGAGUACUCACAGCACCGUCGCCCCCCUCGCGUCAUGUCUCACCCUGAGAGAUGGGCAAGUUCGACGAGCGCGAGAGGGUAAUCCUCAACGUCGGCGGCACGAGGCACGAGACCUACCGGAGCACGUUAAAGACACUGCCGGGCACGCGACUGGCGCUGCUCGCCUCCGAGUCCGAUCUCGAGUCGGUUUUGGAUCAGCUGCAACAAGUGCCUGGAUUCAUCGAGUACAGCGCGCGGAGCAACGAGUACUUCUUCGACCGGCACCCGGGCGUCUUCGCCUACGUGCUCAACUAUUACCGGACCGGGAAGCUGCACUGCCCGGCGGACGUGUGCGGUCCGCUGUUCGAGGAGGAGCUCUCCUUCUGGGGCAUCGAUGAGACGGACGUGGAGCCGUGCUGCUGGAUGACCUACCGACAGCACCGUGAUGCCGAGGAGGCGCUGGACGUGUUUGAGAUGAACGUGGACACCGAGGAGGACGACGAGUACGGGAAGCGGCUGGGUAUUGAGGACGUGGUGUCCGCGGACGGCACGGUGAGCCGCUGGAGGAGGUGGCAGCCGGUCAUCUGGAACCUUUUUGACGACCCGUACUCCUCCAGAGCCGCGCGGUUCAUCGCCUUCGCCUCCUUGUUCUUCAUUAUGGUCUCCAUCACCACCUUCUGCCUGGAAACUCACGAAGCCUUCAACACCAUCAUCAACAAGACGGAUCCGCUGCGAAACGAAACGCUAACCGACAUCAGCCAGCAAUACGAGAUCGAGACCGACCCGGCGCUCACAUAUGUGGAGGGAGUCUGCGUGCUGUGGUUCACCUUCGAGUUUCUGGUGCGUGUCACAUUCAGCCCGGACAAACUGGAGUUCAUCAAGAGCGUCCUCAACAUCAUUGACUUUGUGGCCAUACUGCCGUUUUACUUGGAAGUGGGACUGAGUGGACUUUCCUCCAAAGCUGCUAAAGACGUGCUGGGUUUUCUGCGAGUGGUGCGUUUCGUUCGCAUCCUGCGGAUCUUCAAGUUGACUCGUCACUUUGUAGGGCUCCGCGUAUUGGGACACACUCUCCGUGCCAGCACUAACGAAUUCCUCCUCCUCAUUAUCUUCCUAGCGCUGGGCGUCUUAAUAUUCGCUACUAUGAUCUACUACGCAGAGCGGAUCGGCGCCAGUCCCAACGACCCAACAGCAAGUCAUCACACUAUGUUUAAAAAUAUCCCUAUUGGCUUUUGGUGGGCGGUUGUUACAAUGACAACGUUGGGUUAUGGUGAUAUGUACCCUCAAACGUGGUCUGGGAUGGUUGUGGGAGCGUUGUGUGCCCUUGCUGGCGUGCUCACGAUAGCGAUGCCGGUGCCGGUUAUCGUUAAUAACUUUGGCAUGUAUUAUUCGCUGGCCAUGGCUAAACAGAAGCUCCCGAAGAAGAGGAAGAAGCACAUCCCGCAGGUGGUGCAGACGGGCUCGCCGCUGUACUGCAGAACUGAUCUGAGCACAGCCUGCAACAGCACACAGGGGGAGCUGUGUAUCGGACAGAGCCGAGGACUGGAGAGACAUCGCUCAGUGCUGUCAGCUGACUGCAGCGCAGGAAGUGACAUCAGCAUGUCUCCAGAGGCGCGCAUGCCCAUGCGUCAGUCCAGUGUCCGUGAACAGGACCAUCACACCGAGGGCACGUGUUUUCUGCUUGCCGCCAGCGACUACACCUGCACCGCAGACGCAGCCAUACGGAAAACAGCCACUGUUUCUCCCCUGGCCGAUGUUCAGUUUAUAUCAGCCAGAGACGGGGAGGGCGGAGCCAGCAGAGACUCUGAUGGAUUUGACGAAUUGGAUUGGACGGUCUGGAAUAGAAUAAGCCUGUGAUUGGACAGUUCCCAUAGAUGGACCUCUUCAUCCAACGGACUGGAUUUUCCUGUGUGAAAGUCGAAAGAAAAAAUGUGAAAAUCCUGAUAUGGAUCUAGUGAAACGUGCUUCAGUCCGGCGGGCUCUCCAUUUAUAAUGUGGCAUCUGUAUAAAGGACACACACAUUCACGCGUGGCUUCCCUCUGUGUCAGGUAGCAAAUCCAAAACCCCUUUUCCAGGCCUCUGUCAGUGCAAUAAGUGUAUUACGAUGUGUAGAGGCACAAGUGUUGAACUCGAGUAUUAGUGUAUCGACUUUACUGACCUACACCGUAGAGAGAGAGACUAUAACAUGAUCAGAUUAAUAAAUGUGACCUGCUGUCAUUUAUGCUUUUAGUUGCUCUAGUAUCUCUGGUGGAGUCCUUGUUGUCUCUGUGUGUGUGUGCAGGUUUAUGUGGUUUAUGAGGACAUUAAAUUGUAUAAUGACAUAGGUAUGACCAGCUGUGCUCUGUUAUUAAGGUGGUUUAUGAGGAUGUGCUUUGUGUCCUCGUAAUGCAUAAACAAUUCUUAAGUCAUACUUUAUCAAUAAGGGAUUUCUACACUACAAAUUACAUCAUGGAGAGUCCUCAUAAACCAUAUAUGCGGGUGUGUGUGCAGGUUUAUGUGGUUUAUGUGGACAUUGAAAUUGUAUAAUGGCACUGGUAUGACCUAGUUGUGCUCUGUUAAUAAGGUGGCUUAUGAAGACAUGAUUUGUGUCCUUGUAAUGCUUAAAUCAUACGUGUGUUUCAAGAUCUAAAUUUGUAGGGGUAGGGUAAAGCCAUAUAAGGGAUUUUUACACUAUAAAUUACAGUACGCCUAUGGAGAGUUCUCAUAAACCAUAUAUACAAGUGUGUGUGCCGGUUUAUGUGGUUUAUGAGGACACUGAAAUGGUAUAAUGACAUCGGCAUGACCUAGUUCUGCUCUGUUUAUGAGGACAUGCUUUGUGUCAUUGCAAUGCUUAAAUUAUACUUGUCUUUUGACAUUCAAGUUUGUAGGGGUAGGGUAAAAUUAUGUAAUGAGUGGUUACACUAUAACUUACAUUACACCUAUGGAAAGUUCUCAUAGACCAUA